UAGGCGUCCACGGGCUCGAGGACCUCCACUCGCACUCGGUGACUCGGCGGUGGAGCACCAACCUGCGCUCUCUCCGCCGGCCACCCAAAUCGACGAGCCCAACCUCCGCCGCCACCCAAACCGACGAGCCCCCCAUCUCACAAAAUCUCCGAGGUCCGCAGCCGCCCAUCCCGGCCGGGGAGAUCCUAACCACGCCACCCCAGACGACGAGCCUCGCCGUCCUUCAGCACUAGUGGAUGCCCCGCCGACAAAGCUUUCUCCAGGAACCCUAGCUGUGUGCCGGCCACACCGCCCCCAAAAUCCACGAGCGGCGCGGGGCCCCCCGAAUGGACGAGCUGUGCAGCGGCCACGGAUCCCAGAUGCUGCGGCUUCUCAGUCUCCGAUGAGCGAGGCUCGAGGAGCUUCUGGCCAGUUCCCCCCAGCUCAGGCGAGUAUCCGCUGCGCCCUAGGCUUCGUUAUCGCCGUGGCGAGCGCCAACUCUCACCAUUUCUCGAUCUCGCUCGCCCGUUGGUCGCGCGCAGUAUAGGCUCCUUAUUGCCUGAUCAGCGUCCCGCAGUUUGCGAGUUGGUGCAGAUACUUUUCUGGCUGUUAAGGGUUACGGCACAAUGGUGGAAACAGUAACUGUGGUGAUCAGCAUUGCUAUGCCACUCUUAGGUCUCGUGUUGACUAAGUUCUGGGACCCCAUAGCUGAGCUCUUGGUUACCCUUUCCAGAUUCGGCACUGUGUGAACGACCUUCGAGAAGCAGUUUACAGACUGGAAGCAAUCCAUCGCGACCUUGUUUAUCUCUGUGCGCUCCCAAGACGGACGGAGUACUGUAAGACAUGGUUCAGUCGAGCUAGGGAUCUUAUACAGGAGGGCACAAUAAGGCUUGACUAUGAUAGCUCCGGGUGGAACUUCUUCAGAAAAUAUGGCCUGGGAAUGCAAGCCAGAAGAAAAACAAAGAGAGUUCCUGGUCUUGUGGAUGAAGGAAAAGAUUUGCUACUGAAGGCUCGACAAAAUCCACGCCCUGUAUCUGCUCUCCAGCCACAGUAUCCAAGAGAACGUCUUUGGGGAAUGGAGCAUUACAAGGACAAACUGAUUGAUCUUAUCACAAAUGACCGCGAAGCUCCACUGCUUGCUAUCACUGGCAUGGCUGGUGUGGGGAAAUCAACCCUUCUCAAAACAUUGUGUGAAUCUGUGCCACUUUAUGAUUUUUUUGAAGAGCUCAUCUAUGUUAGGGCUGGAAUCAAGCCAACUGUUCAUGAGCUGCAGCAAUAUGUCGGGACUUAUCUGGGAAUACACCUGCCUGAUGAUCACAAAAGCAGAAGGUCAGCUAUAUUCACACAACUCGCAGAUAAGAGUUUUCUGCUCAUCCUAGAUGAUGUCUGGGAGAGUAUCAAUUUUGAAGAAGUCGGUAUUCCUGUGCCCCUGGGGGAACUAAUGGUGCAGCCUGAGUAUGGGAUCACUCGAACAGCACUACGUAAAGUUGUGUUUGCAGCAAGAGAUGAGUCAGCAUGCAAAACCUGGAGGGGGCACUCAGCAUAUGUCACCAGGAUGGAGUGCUUGAAUGAACAAGACGCUUUUGAACUCUUCGCCCAUCAUGCGGGGAAUACCAUCACGAAGGACCAGCGAAUCCUUCAGCUUGCACAUGAGAUCGCUGAAGAGUGCAGUGGCUUACCAAUUGCUUUGUGCAAGAUUGGAGAAGCUAUGUCUCCAAAAACAGAGGUCGAUGAAUGGAGAGGUGCUCUUCGGCUAUUGAAGACGUCAAAUCUUGAUGGAAUCUCAGAUGGAUACGAGGAUGUGUUUCAACAGCUGAAAAUAAGUUUUGAUCAGAUAGGGAAACAGCUACAGAAUCGAUUUCUGAUAUGCUCUUUGUGGCCCGAGAAUGAGAACAUUCCUGUAGAAAAGCUAACUGAGUGGUGGAUGGGGCUUGGGUUGAUUGAAGCUUCUGAUCGUGUUACAACAGGGAAGCGCACAAUCUGUCACCUGCUGAGUUCUUCAUUGUUAGAAAAAGGUGACACUGGAAUGUUUUGUGCCGAGACUUCUCACGUUAAGAUGCAUAAAAUGUUUCAGAAAAUGGCUCAGUGGGUUGUUAAUAAUCAAGGAGAAGAGAAACCGUGGUUGCCACUAUCCCUCUGUGAAUGUUCGACAUUACCAGGGCCGAAAUGGUGUUCAAUAGAAAGAGCUUGGGUAUCACGACUAGAAACUGGGAGAUGGGAAAAUAACAGAACCAUUUUGUCUUCAACAUCUUCCCCAGGCCCCCCACCAUUAACUAUGCUGAUAUCAUCCCAUGCCUUCUCAUUGGAUCUAAUCACGUGUUGUCAGAAAAUCACGUUUUUGGAUCUGGAGGGGACAGGUAUAAGUGAAUUCCCGUACGCCAUUUGCUCUUUGCGUGAAGUGCAGUAUCUUAACCUUUCUGGCACAAGAAUAGAAGAAUUGCCUCAGGAAAUGCGCCGACUGUCGAAGCUUAAAUUCUUGCUUGUUAGAGAUGCCGGGGCUCUCCAAAGGGUAGCUAAAGAAUUAAUCCGAAGUCUGAUAGAUCUGGUUAUGGUGGAUCUUUUCUGUUCCAGUGGCUUUUCUACUCAUGUUGAGUAUGCGCCAUCACUUCUGGCUGAACUAGCCACCCCUGGUAUAGAGCUUGCACUUGGCUUCACGGCACAGAGCAUGACACAUUUGAGUGAACUAGGAAAGUUGCAAUGGGUCCGUACAGAGGCACUGUGCUUGCACCAUUUUGAAGAGAAGUCAAAACUUGUUGACCUGCACCUUGUCGUUAAUUUACGGAGUCUGCGAGAACUGACUAUCAGGGACACAUCUGAAAACCUUGAGCUCUUAAUAGCUCAGCAUGGCACAAGUUUGCUCCAUAGCCUGAACUUCCUUGAGCUGAACAAUCUGAGGAAACUAAAGGAAAUAAAGUGGAGAAAUGCAGGUAAUGACAUCACAGUGGUUAACAUUUGUCAUUGUGAUAAAUUGAAACAAAUCACAUGGGUCUGUGAGCUUCAGCAACUGGAGCAGCUGACAGUUACAUAUUGCCAAGAAAUGGAGCAACUUUUUUCCACCUCAAAGUUGCGCCCUCAUCAAGUGGUAACUGGCUUUCCUAAAAUGAGAAGACUCUAUUUGGAGAACUUGCCGAAGCUGUCGAUUUUUUUUGAGAAAGCUAUGGAGCUGGAUGAACUGACAUAUGUUUGUAUCACUGGGUGUGCAAAACUGAAGCCCCUAAAUGUUAGUAAAGCCAGUGACAACAACAAGAUCAGAUUAGAAUGUGAUAAAGAUUGGUGGCAUGGCUUAGGAGGUGGUCAGGCAAUCAUGAGCUGUUUCAAACCAUGUUGUUGCUGGGAGAAGGUCGAGGACGAGGAAAUUUGAAACUCCAGCUGCUGCUGGAAAUUGCAAUGAAGAAAGGAAGACAAUACCAGUGAGAGUUGGACGAUGACAGUACACACAGGGACACAAAUAACAUAGAUUAGUUACGACAAAAGCUUCCUGUUCAGUCUGUGAGGUCAAAAGAUGAGUUACAAGCCAAAUUGCUCGACCGUCUAACCCUGCCCUGAAGCUUCCUUGCUGGGGUGAGGUAGACAACAGACUGGUUCAGUUUUAUGGAUAUCCUUGUUAUUCCUUGUACUUUGCUGUUAGAUUUUCCUUUCGUUUGCUUUUCUCGUCUUACUACCCUUUAGCUGAAGUUGAAGGAGGAGGGGACUGAUUCAUAUGAUUUCCCUUUGAAUUCCAAUCUAUUUACUUGAGUCUUUUCUUUGUUUUCCUUGGUUCUCAAUAAACAUUGAAGUUCUCAUCUGUUAGUAUCA